AUGGGAAGCUUCAGCGACGAACAAUUUGAGCGCCUCUUGGCAGGCCUGGGUCAGAAUACUGACAUCGAACCGUUUGAAAAUUUUCUUGGCAACCUAGAGGACAUGCCAGAUAUCGCGGCAUUCAGUUCUUUUUGUGACCCAACCCUCGUCCCAAUGAUCAGUGAGGGCCCAGAAAGCCUUCUUUCCUUCCCCCCGCUCCCACCAAUUGAAGAAGAGGCAUCUUCUCCAAAUACGCCACCUGUCCAAUCAUCGAAUGAAUCACCCUCGCCUCAUUCUUUUCCGAAUUCUGGGCCUGAGAUAAAGGAAGCGUUGGAGACAGCCCACUGGGCAAAAUUUUUAGUCGAGUCGCAGCGGUCGCAGCAAGAAGCCAUGAAGGUGGACACCUUUGAACAAAUCCGCAAAUACCAAGUCGAAAGUCUGAACCCCUGGGUCUUAGAGGUGCACAAUGCCCUUCAGGCUCUCGGCUACUUGAAGGAUGAGCCUCCGGCCUCCGCAACCGAUGGAGAGUUUGACAUUAACAUCAUCGAUUUUCCGUAA